AAUACGAACCAAACAAGGAAUCUCUGCGCUUACACCCCUCGCUCUCCCCAUCUCUCUGCCCUAACACACAUACUCUCUCUCUCUCUCUCUCUCUCUCUCUCGUGCGCGCCCGCCAGCUUCGGUGAAUCUCUUCUCGAUAUGGAUCUUGAGGAAGACAUUCGGUCGUUGCAGCUCGAAUCAGCAGAAGAUAAUAAUGGGGCUAUCAAUCCUGAAGAUGCAAAGCCAGAAGAAGUGGAGAAGAUGGAUAAAAUUGAUGAAGGUUGGAAGGAGGAGAUAGCUACAAACUCUCAUCCAGUCCAGGUUGAGCAGAAAGGUAAGGAAAUAGCUGUUCCGGAAGAAGAUGAUACCGCAGAUGCGAUGGAAGAAGACACGAAACGACAUUUGAAUGUUGUUUUCAUUGGCCAUGUUGAUGCUGGGAAAUCAACAACUGGAGGACAGAUACUGUUUCUCAGUGGUCAGGUUGAUGAUCGUACUAUACAAAAAUAUGAAAAAGAAGCCAAGGAUAAAAGCAGGGAAAGUUGGUACAUGGCAUAUAUUAUGGAUACCAAUGAGGAGGAAAGAGUUAAGGGUAAAACUGUUGAGGUUGGAAGAGCACAUUUUGAAACGGAGACCACUAGGUUUACUAUUCUCGAUGCACCAGGCCAUAAAAGUUAUGUCCCCAACAUGAUCAGUGGGGCAUCCCAGGCUGAUAUAGGCGUUCUGGUAAUUUCUGCUCGCAAGGGUGAGUUCGAAACUGGGUAUGAGAAAGGUGGUCAGACUCGUGAGCAUGUUCAGCUUGCAAAAACCUUGGGUGUUUCUAAGCUACUUGUAGUCGUAAAUAAAAUGGAUGAUCCCACUGUCAAUUGGUCCAAAGAAAGGUAUGAUGAAAUUGAAACCAAGAUGACACCUUUCUUGAAAUCUUCUGGUUACAAUGUUAAAAAAGAUGUACAGUUCUUACCUAUUUCUGGUCUGAUUGGAAUGAAUAUGAAAACCAGAGUGGACAGAAAUAUUUGUCCGUGGUGGAAUGGUCCCUCCCUCUUUGAAGCUCUAGAUGCUAUUGAGGGUCCUCCGCGUGAUCCCCAAGGCCCUUUUAGGAUGCCUAUAAUUGACAAAUUCAAGGACAUGGGGACGGUUGUUAUGGGGAAAGUAGAAUCUGGCAGUACACGUGAGGGCGAAACCUUGAUUGUCAUGCCAAAUAAGGCAUCAGUUAAAGUGCUCGCAAUAUUCAUUGAUGAGAACAAGGUUAAACGUGCAGGACCUGGUGAAAAUCUCCGGAUUAGAUUAUCUGGGAUUGAGGAAGAGGACAUAUUGUCAGGAUUUGUCUUGUCGAGCAUUGCCAAACCAAUAUCUGCAGUUACUGAGUUUAUUGCUCAACUGGUAAUCCUUGAGUUGCUGGACAAUGCAAUCUUCACGGCUGGUUAUAAGGCAGUGCUACAUAUUCAUUCGGUGGUGGAGGAAUGUGAGAUUGUUGAGUUGCGACAACAAAUUGAUCCCAAGACGAAGAAGCCAAUGAAAAAGAAAGUUUUGUUUGUGAAGAAUGGUGCUGUUGUUGUAUGCCGGAUUCAGGUGAAUAACCUAAUAUGCAUUGAGAAAUUCUCUGAUUUUCCACAGCUUGGAAGAUUUACCCUUCGCACCGAAGGAAAAACAGUUGCUGUGGGGAAGGUGACUGAUUUGCCAUCAAUUGCUAGAGCUUAAACAGUUUUGGUGUUCGGAGGCAGAGAUGCCAUAAAUCUCAAGUCUACCACAUUGGAAGGGCUACAGCUAUGUUCUCGAAUUGUUGCGGCAGCACCUUUUACUUGGUCAUAUAUGUUUAUCCUUAAUAGUCUGUACUGGAGCAUGGGACGUGAUGGAGAGCAGCGUCGAUGGUGGUUCAAUGCAGAUUUAAGUGUGUUCUUACAUCAUUGUGCCCUGUGUGUUUGGAAGGGGUAAUUAUAAAGUCGUCAGCUACAAUUUCAUACAGUUAAAAAAGAGUUUUGGUAAUGAUUUUGUCGAGAUGAGCUGGAUGGUUUUUGUGCUGUGAUCUCAUAGGAACAGAAUGACGUGAGCUAUUUGAUUUUGAUUUACCCGUAGGAAUCUAUAGGUCCAUUGUCCUCUUUACUCUC